AGUAUAAAACCGGCAUUUCAAGGUCGACGGCAUCGUUGAAAAUUUCUUCAUUUGAUCGAAAGUUCUUUUUUAUUUUCUAUUAAUGAAUUCAAUGUUAAAACUUAAUCAGUUCUCGUUAAGAACCGUCUCACAAUUAUUCUCAAGAUCAAUUUCAACAAGCAAAAUGGUGCAAAUUAAGGAAGGUGAUAAGAUUCCAAAUGUCGAACUCUAUGAAGACUCUCCAGGCAAUAAAAUCAACAUUAGUGAUUUGACAGCCAACAAGAAGGUUAUAUUGUUUGCUGUUCCAGGUGCAUUCACCCCUGGAUGUUCAAAAACUCACUUGCCAUCUUACAUCGAAAAGGAAAAGGAUCUCAAAGCAUCAGGAGUUGACGAAAUCGUUUGUGUUAGUGUCAAUGAUCCAUUUGUGAUGGGAGCUUGGGGAACGAAUUUCAACACAAAAGGAAAAAUUCGCAUGUUGGCUGAUCCAAACGCUACAUUCACAAAAGCAGUCGAUUUGACAAUUGACCUUGCACCAUUAGGUGGUGUAAGAAGCAAACGCUACUCAAUGGUGAUCGAAAAUGGAGUUGUGAAGACUCUCAAUGUAGAACCUGAUGGCACAGGCUUGAGCUGUUCAUUAGCAGACCACAUCAAGGUUUAAAGGAAUAAUUUCCUAUAGCCAGCUUAUAAUUAAGCACAUUUCUCUCACCAGACAAUAGACAUAUAAUGGAAUUCCAAAAUGUUUUCUUUCUCAAGCGGGUUAAUAAGAUGCAUGUCUAUUUUUUCUUGCAAUAUAAUGUCCAAUAAAAGUUUAAUAUCAUUUUAUCCGAUACA